AUGGCGAAGGAAGCUCCUGCCCGUACGGGCCUUGCCGUUGGCAUCAACAAGGGCUUUAAAACCACUCCCCGUGUCGUCAAGCCCAAGGUCUCCCGCACCAAGGGUCACCUGAGCAAGCGCACCGCUUUCGUCCGCGACGUCGUCAAGGAGGUUGCUGGUCUUGCCCCCUACGAGCGCCGAGUCAUUGAGUUGCUCCGCAACAGCAAGGACAAGAGAGCCCGCAAGCUGGCCAAGAGAAGGCUCGGUACCUUCGGCCGUGCCAAGAAGAAGGUCGAUGAGCUCCAGCGCGUCAUCGCCGAGUCCCGCAGGGCCGGUCACUAA